ACUGAUAUUUGAUUGGCUUAUAAGUAACCUACAACUUGAUUGGUUCAUUGAAUAAAAUGUCAGCGCCCAUGAUUGAGGCACUGUUUACAAUUUGUGGCUGUAUUAUGUUGUCAUAGUCAUAGAUCUAGUUAGUUCAUCAUGACUUCUAUCAUCAAACUUCAUGCGCUCUCUGGGGCAAGAGAUGAAUCCCCACCUUGCUACCUACUGCAAGUUGAUGAGUUUCGAUUUCUUCUUGAUUGCGGAUGGGAUGAGGAUUUCAGUAUGGAUUUUGUUCAAGAUCUGCGGAGGGUGAGUCAUCAAGUAGAUGCUGUGCUCCUGAGCUACCCAGAUCAUCUUCACUUGGGAGCUCUACCUUAUCUUGUGGGAAAGGGCCAUCUCAACUGUCCCAUUUAUGCCACUGUGCCGGUUUAUAAAAUGGGACAAAUGUUCAUGUAUGACCUCUAUCAGUCUCGUCACAACAGUCAAGACUUUGACAAGUUCACGCUGGAUGAUGUGGAUGUGGCUUUUGACAAAAUAGAACAGCUGGAAUAUUCCCAGGUUAUCACACUAAAAGGUAAAGGACAUGGUCUACAGAUUACUCCUCUCCCAGCUGGACAUAUGAUUGGUGGUACCAUCUGGAAAAUUGUGAAAGAUGGGGAGGAGGAAAUCAUUUAUGCAGUGGAUUACAAUCAUAAAAAAGAAAGGCACUUGAAUGGGUGUCACCUGGACACCAUUAGCCGCCCGUCUGUCCUCAUCACAGAUUCCUUCAACUCACUUUACAACCAACCUAGUCGAAGACAGAGAGAUGAACAGUUGAUGACCACCAUUCUGCAGACAAUGAGAAAUGAUGGGAAUGUUCUAGUGGCAGUGGAUACAGCAGGUCGCAUGCUGGAACUGGCACAGCUGAUGGAUCAGAUGUGGAGAAGUUCAGAGUCUGGGUUGACUGCAUAUUCUCUGGCACUAUUAAACAAUGUCAGCUUUAAUGUAGUGGAGUUUGCAAAAUCUCAGGUUGAGUGGAUGAGUGACAAAGUGAUGAGGUCGUUUGAGGACCACAGGAACAACCCUUUCCAGCUGAAGCAUGUCCGGCUCUGUCACAACCUGGCAGAACUCGCCCGUGUCCCUGAGCCUAAGGUUGUCCUGGCCAGCACGCCUGACCUGCAGUGUGGCUACUCACGUGACCUGUUCGUGGCCUGGUGUGGCAGCGCCAAGAACAGCAUCGUCCUGACCAGCCGGACGUCUCCAGGCACCCUGGGCCGCUGGCUCAUCGACAACCCCCAGGACCAUGUCGUCCGGCUUGAGGGAAAGAGUCGAACUGGGUUUUUCAAGCAAGCGAAGAAGUCGUAUCCCAUGUUCCACUUUGUGGAGGAGAAGAUCAAGUCUGACGAGUAUGGAGAGCUCAUCAAUCAAAAAGAGUACACCAUUAACAACGAACCUUCUUCCAAAGGCGAAGUGAAAGAAGAG